CGACCAGGAAGUCGAUGCUGAAGUCAGAGUGGAGCAGACGGCUCUCUCUCUCUCUCUCUCUCUCUCUCUCUCUCUCUCUCGCUCUCUCUCCUGACGGAUAAAACGUGUCACAAAAAAAAAAAAAAGUGUCACAGUAUUAUUGCCCAAAAGCUGACUGCAACAUCUCCACCGUGAAUCCAGGAUGUCGGCGUCCAUGAGACCCACUUCAGCGCCAAGUUCAUCGAGGUCGGACCGACCACUGGACACCAGAGCCAGGCUCUAAACUGGAAGUUAGCUGGCUUGGUCUGCUGUGCACCCCUGGUGCUACCGACCAGUGGUCCAGAAAGCAACCAUGGUCGGUGGACGGACCACUGAAUUCACUUCAACCCCUGCUGAGAGAUUGUGGAACUAAAUUCUCAAGUUCCAGCAGAAAGUAGGAGAACACAGCUUCCUCCUGUCAACAACAAGAUGAUCCCAGAUGAACUGGAGGUCAGCCUUACCUCAACUGUCUGCAACAGGACCACACUGGGGCAAACUGCACACCAUCAACGCUGCAAGGGCUGUGGAAUCAGACGACCGGAUGCAGUCUGGCAUCACCCGCUUGGGCGACAGAAAUACAAAUACUUUCUGGAGCAUCCGACGUCCAUGACUGGAGCUGGCAGGGAUAUUUCAUUUCUGUGCGAUGCUAUGGUAUCCCAGAAUAAGACAGCACUCCUCCCACCGCUGACUGACAGGAGUGGCAUUGGUGACACGCAGAACGAGUGUGUCUCAGAGAGUCUGAUCCCAGAAGAAUAUCGUAUUGUGAAAAACAAAGGCUUGCGGAGCCUUGAGUUCUAUGAGGAUUCAUUCACAGUGCAGCUGCAGGACGAUGAGCAGAAGCUACGGGUCUUCCCUUCCCUGAGGCCCAGUGGCAGAUUGGAAGUGAUCCAGCUGAUGAAUAUGAUGGACGACAUGCUGCUGAAGGCCGGAGUGGAUCAGCAGAGUGAGGAGCUGACUGAGCUCUCCCAGAUGGAGGAUCUGCUGAAAAUGGUGCGGGUGGAGCAGAACAUCUACAACAUUGUUUUCCAUGAACUGAUCAGGCAGGUCAGCGUGAGCUGUGCUGAGAGAGGACAGCUGCUCUCCAAACUCAGACAGCGAUACCAAUCCAUGCUCGAGCGAAUCCCCCGCUGCCUGAAGGCUCUGCACACUGAGACAGUGGCACAGCGAGCUCUGGAUCGUCGGCUCACCGAGGAGAUCUGUCAUGUCAAGACAUCCAUGCAGCAGCUUAGCACGGAACUAUCCAGAAUCAGAGACCAUGAUGCCUUUGUUUCCCAGCAAGCGGAGCAUGCUCACCAGCAGCUGGCCGGGGCACUUGAGCAAACUCACACCAACUCAGAUGUGGUCCAGAGUUACCAUGAGCUGUAUGAGCUGCAGAGGGGUCGCCUUGAGGCUCAACUGCUCCAGAUGACUGAGGAGAGAGCCUACUGGAGUCAGCUCACCCUCUGCCUCGCCCUCAAGGUGGUCCGUGUGAAGAAGUUGCACCUGAUCAGUCAGCUGCAUAUCACUGAGCAGAGCUGGUCCAAGACAGCCGAGCACUGCAGGCUUUACCUCACCUCAAAGGACACAGAGGACUUGAAUACCAUCGUGGAGUUUACUGACUACUGGAAAGGGCAGCUGACUGCUUUCAUGUCCAAGCUGAAGAAGACUGAGCAAGCUCAGCGGGAAGAGCUCAGUGGCAUCCAGCAAGGCUUCGCCAAGUGGCUCCACUUCUGCACAGCACAAAACAAGUGUCCUGACCCAAAAUAUGAGAAAGCUUCACUGGAAAAGAUCCAUGCUGACUUGAAGCAGUGGUUGAAUACGUUGGCCCUCCAGUCUGAGCGCUAUGAAGGUGAGAAGCUGCUUUGCUGCCAGCAGACGCUGAGUGAGAUUGGCUGCAUCCAGGAAAGAUGGCUGGAUAUGAGCCUGCAGCUGUUCAGAAGGCAUCCUGCUCCCAAUGGUGAAACCCCUGGAAGCCAACAGGUCUUAAGAGAGCUGGGCAUGGUCCUACCUGAGCUCCUCAAACAGCUGGACACGCAAGUCAGUGGAGAGAGUGGGAUCCAUGGACAGAUCACAUCACUGCUCAGGUUGAUGGAGUCCUGGGUUUCCAAGCUCGGCACAGUGAUUGGUCGGUCAGAAGUGAUGUCCACCUCUGAUUGGUUGAAGCUGGAGAUGGCCCUGAGCAGCUGGCAGAGUUUGGCUGAAAAAGCCGUGCAGAACAUCUCCGGCAUGCAGACAGAGAACGAGAAAGAUGACACAUACAGAGCGACAGAAAAGGUGUUAAACAGAGUCCAAGAGUUCAUAACCAGCCUGUCCAACUUCACUGAGGGUGAGAAUCAGGGACUCAGUGAUGAGGUCAUUUCCAUUCACAUGGCUCAGACCCGCUGGAUGCUGAAUCUGUUGCUCCUCAUGGUACCUGAUGAUAUCGAGGACCAGAACAAAGAACAGGAACACCAGUACGUGACAGACAUCACACCACAGAGACUGGAUGAGGAUGCCAAGAUGCUGGCUGAGAAACUGGACUAUUUUUGCAAAUACGUCAUGAGCUCUUGCAAGCUGAUUCUGGAGGAACAGAAUCCGGGUGAAGCUGAGGGUGAAAAUGAGAUGAAUGAGUGCAUGAAGCUGCAGACAGAGUGCAGUAAUUGGUUGGAGACCUGUAUGAUCCUGCUCUCAGGAGUGAAAGGUGGUCUCGUGGAGAUGCCUGUCAGACCGGCUGACCCAGCAUCCAGCAGUGAGGUCUCUCCAGAAGACAGCAGGGAGACUGUGGUGAAUGAAGAGGUUUCAGCAGAGCCUACGACAGACACUGAAUUAAAAGAUGUAACUGAGGCAGAAAGGAGAGAGUGCACUGCUGAAGGACAUGAAACACAACAAGAGGUUUGUCAGGGGGAGCUAACAGUCUAUGAGAGCCCAGUGGUGAGGCUAAUUGGUUAUGAUGGACACAUUAAGCAAAGACAGCUGGGAGUGAGCAGUGUCUACCUGAAUGGGACUGAGGAGCUGGUUGUGUCUCCAGCAACAGAUGAAGCCCAGAAAGCUUUUAGUGAUCUGACCACAGUCGCACUCCUGCAGCAGGAUCUGAAUGAUUCAGAGCUGUGGGUCCAGAGUGCUGAGCAGCGAGCCUUUAAGGCCGAAGAAGCUCUGCAGGAAGCAUUGGAGAAGAUUCAGGACUUGGAGAGACAACUGCAGGCCCAGUCCUGUCUGGAGCCCAAAAUUAGUGAAGAGAAAAAGAAAACACCACCAUCUCCCCCACCACCAGUGACACCUCCAGCUCCUCCAAAGAAAACCACAGCUGAAGUCAAACCAACGAGCAGCGGCAAAAGGACCAAGAAACGGUGAACUGAAGUUACAGCUUUAUAUGUAUGUACCAGACAGUCCAGUAAACAUUGGGUUUAUUUAUUCUAAAAAAUUGAUUUAGGGUUUCAUGUUUGAUGCAUCUCUGUUGUAACAAGAUGAAGAAUCUAUUUGCCUGCACUCCAUCACAGCCACAUCCAUAAAACCAGUUAAAGAUGCAGGGAUAAAAAACAUAUAUAAACAAGGAGCGUCAUUCAGCAGAGCUGUUCUCCUAUAUAAAAUGUCUCCAGUGACAGUAUCAGGAUGUUUUCCGAUAUUCAGGAUGCUUGUGUAUGAGACUGUGAUGCUACCAUUUAUGAAAUGGCUUGCUGUGGUUUUGCAGAUAUUGUUUUUGUUGUUUUGUUUCCUUCCAAAAAAUAAAGACAUUAUAUUUAAAAAA